AUGGUCGCCCUCGUCAUGGAGGCAAUGCAUCACGUAUACGAUGCUCGUGAUCGUGUCUACCGCUACAUUGCGACGCGCAGCCUUCCAAGACAGCAUAGAAAUAUCCUUGCCCGAUACGUCACGGCGCUCAAGUCGAAUAAACGUGAUUCGGUGGACAAGAUGAUGAGCUCUUUCAAUGUGGUGUCGAUAGCGUCGACGAUUGACGCGCUGAAGGGUGUGAAGGACCAGCAUAUUCAAGAUAUCGCGAGUAGCAUGCAGAGCAACAUGAUCAGGAUGUGGAGCAACAAAGGGUUAUCACCUGACACCUUGUACAAGGACCUCAAUCUGGGGAAGAACAUCUGGAAUAGGAUAAAGAAGUCUGAAUCCAACUUCCGUCUAUCAAACCAGCCGGACUUCAAACUCUGGGUAGCCUUUGUAAACGACGUCUGGAAACGAAACCUUGGCAACGAGUUCGAGAAGCUGGAUGACGAAUUGAAGGCCAUGAUGAUACUUAUUACUGGCAGCAAGCACGAGCAGACAAAGGUCAAGGGAGCACAGAAGUCGUACAUAAAUAAAUGGACGACCCUCGAGAUCGAUCCGGUGAAAGAGGAGGUCUUGGUCAACCUCAAGAAGUUGAAACGCAGCAAAACAAAACGAAAGGGUGUGGCCAGGUGA